AUGGCUGUGAUGAAGGCCUUGGCCUCGCUGAUGGAAAGGUGCUGCUUGUACACGAGCUGCUCGCUGGCGCUGCUGCCGUUGUCGUCCAAGACCUCGCUGGAGGGCAGCGACCCCACGUGCGUUACCGCGGAGGUAAUCCUGCAGAAGCUCGUGGAGUUUCAGUGCGGCGUCUCCGAGGUCUCCUGCGUGUACAAGAUGGACGGGGACUGCGACGACUGGCGCCGGAGGGACAAUCACAGCCAGUCAAGCAGCACAGUCUGCAUGCCACGCUUCAUCAAGGAUGCGACGUGCAAGCCCAGCACCCAGUGCGGCUACAUCCAGGACAACGCGUUCAUGAAGUUUCAUGAUUUCGAUUGUUCCAUCACGGCCACGUCGGUCUUUCCACCACGGGUGGACGGCACCAUCAAGUGCAAGCCCUCCUUCACGACCGCUGGCAUCUUGGUGAUCCUCGCGGCGGUGGUCCUCGGGCUCUCGUGCUGCGGGGGGUGCACGUGGUGGUGUUGUUGCCGCAGCCGCCGCCGCUGA